AUGGGUCGCGGUAACCAACGCGGCAUAACUCCAACUGACAACUACCGACAGCUUCCUCCUGAUCCCUCCGGUUUUCAGCAGAUGAGUAGUGGGAUGGAACCUUCUGAGUCGGCUUCUGAAUUGAGCCGCUCUGACCCUGACAGACGUCUUCCUUCUGCAGGCCCUGUUUACUCUUCAGGACCUCAAGAGCCAUCGGAGCAUUCUCUUGGAAGAAAUUCUCGACCAGAACUCAUAGAAACCCAAACGCCAGACUGUUCAAUACCCAUUGUUUGGGGCGAUGGCUCGUCAGGGCUUGACCCACGUUGUUACGGCCAACAACAGCCGUCAACUGAGAUGCACGGUUCAUUAGCAUCAAAUCCACAAACUCAGCCAGCAAGACAACCUCCUGGGGUGCAUCGUCAACAGCAAAAACCCUCGCCUCAGCCUGGCAGGAUGAUUGAAAACGGAGAGUCAAGUGGAUACGCUGACAGGGACGGCAAUAGAAAGGAGUACAACAGCUAUGAUGGUCGUGAUUAUAGCAGUGGUGGGUCCCUUAUGACAGUUAUAUUUAUUAGAGUAAAUCUUGUUAAGAUACCGAUUAAUCUAACUGAACACAGAUCAAAAAGCUCCAUUUACCUUGCUUAA